CAUAAAUGACAUUUAGGAAUUCUAACAUUAAUCUGUUUAUUUACUUUAUUUACUGCUAACAAAAAGCUAGCAAAAUAAAAGAAGUACUAAUAGUGCCUAUUGUAAUUGUUAAAAAUGAAUUUAGAAGAAACCGAGACUACCACGACUGCUGCGACCACCACCACGGCGGGCCCCACCAUCGUGCCGAAAGACCCUGGGAUGUAUCUGCCGAUAUAUGUCAUGACCGGCAUCUAUGGGGCAGUGUUCAUUCUUGCUCCUUUAUUCGUUCGCAAAGGACCUAAUCGUGGGAUAAUAAGGUGUUGUAUAUGGAUGUCAACUUUCUCUUUAUGGAUGCUUUGGUUCACGGUGUAUGUGUCCCAAAUGAAUCCAUUAUUGGGGCCCCGCCUUAAAAACACCACUCUGGCUUGGAUAUCCCAUUCUUGGGGUAAGAGCUCCGAGGAGCCUUCCGAAGGUUCUACAGACACGACACUGGCACCCACUACUGAUGAUCAAUCAUAAUACUACCGGAAUAUAAAAAAUCUGAAUCAACAAGUUUUAGAAAAGUCAGUAAGGCCUACUAAGACACAGCUUAUAAGUGCUGCACUUUAAUAGACCUAAAAGGUACCUAUUUUACCCUAGAAGUUUAGAAUAGGGAUGUAUCCUAGGUAAAAAAGCAAGAGUUUUAAUUAGUCCGUCAGUUAGCUUAUCAAAAACUACUCGACACGUAUUUUUCACUUUUUAUAACUAAUGAAAAUGUAAAGAUAUAAAGCGUGCCAAAGUUCUAAAGAAAAGGCACGUGACGUCAGUGAGUGCGUAAAAGUGCAGCACUUUGUGACGUCGCACGGAACUUCAACGCACUAUAACUUUGUAAUUAUUUGUUUGAUUGACAAUUAAAAGUAUACGAGUCCAAUUUUUUUUAUAUUAAAAUUGACGGACUAAACAAUUUUUUUUAGGAAACUAGCCUAUUGUAUACCUAACAAAUAAUAAUUAAUUUGCGGUUUUAGACAACUCAAAAAAAUCAUUUUUGUCACCUUUACCUAUGCUCCAAACAAGUUUUAAAUUUUUUUCAUUUAAUUUUAUUCUUGAAUGUCGUUCAGCCGUAUAAAUCAUUACUAACUGGAUAUGCGCAGUGACACCCGCAACGUAAGUUAAUUUCAUAACAAGUAAUUUUCCGGUUUUUAUAAUUGAGUUUGCUCAAUAUGUGGAAAGUAUUUAUAAAAUUAUAUAUUUCCUUUCUAGCUAGUAGCUUGAAAUGUAUGCGUUUUAUUUUAAUUAUGUAUUUUUAAUCGCGUAAGUAAUUUAAGUUGGCAUUUAUUUUUGUUAACUUAAUAAAUAAAAAGAUAAAUUUGGUAUGAGACAUGUAGAGGCUCCU